UCUUCCAGGGAUCUAUUUGCAAAUAUUCAUUUCAAAAACGGAGGAAGCAAAGGGGGUCUCUCUUUACACCAUCCAUGAACAUAACAAUAACCCGCGCCAAAUCCACCACUCACUUCUCCAAACUCGUCCACAAUUCCAAUCCCAAAUCGAACCCUCACACCUCACUCAAUCUUCACACUUCCUGUUCAAACCCUAACACGAAACCAUCUCCCACUUACUCCUCUCUUCUCCAGCUUUGUAUCGAUUCCUUCUCCAAAAGAGCAGGUAGAUCCCUUCACGGCCAUGUUUUAACAGCUGGGUAUGGCUUAGGUUUGCAUUUGAGCACCAAAUUUGUGAUCUUUUACUCGAAAUCUGGAGACACCGACGCCGCUCGAAGGGUGUUCGAUGAAAUGCCCCAUAGAAGUGUUGUUUCAUGGACCGCGAUGAUUUCGGGGUACUCGCAAAAUGGAUUUUCAGAGAAAGCUCUGAACUUGUUCUAUGUAAUGCACAAAUCGGGUAUCGGAGCGAAUCAGUUCACAUAUGGGAGCGUUCUGAGGGCCUGUUCUGUAAUGGCUUGUGUUAGAAGUGGCAAGCAGAUUCAUGGGUGCGUGGCAAAAAGCAGAUUUGUAGGGGAUAUCAUUGUGCAGAGUGCUCUAAUGGACAUGCAUUUGAAAUGCGGCUCUUUUGAGGAUGCUUUGUGCUUGUUUAGGAGGAUAGAGAGGAGAGACGUGAUCUCGUGGAAUUCGUUAAUUGGGGGCUGUGUGUUACGUGGAGUUGUUGAUAACUCGUUUGAAUUGUUUUCCUCGAUGCUGAGAGAUGGUCUUCUGCCCGACCAUUUCACCUUCGGAACUAUUCUGAAGGCUUGUGGUAAAGUUAAAGCUCAUUCAUAUGUGGAGCCGAUUCAUGCUCUCAUUGUCAAGUUGGGUUAUGAAGAUGAAUCAAUUGUCACAGGAUCGCUAAUUGAUGCAUAUGCAAAGGGUAGGAACAUGCACAGUGCGAGAACUCUAUACUAUUCAUUGCAUAAAAGCGACCUUGUUUGCUCUACUGCAUUAAUCAGUGGAUACUCAAUGGAGAGAGAGCACUGCCAUAAAGCGAUGGAGCUCUUUAGUGAGAUAAACCACAGAGGUAUGAUAGUAGAUGAAGUCAUUUUGUGCUCUAUUCUCAAUGUAUGUGCCAAUGUAGCUUCUUUAAACUUGGGAAGACAAAUCCACGCUCAUACACUUAAGAACAAGUCUAGUUUUGACGUGGCAGUGGCCAAUGCUCUCAUUGACAUGUAUUCUAAGUCAGGAGAGCUUCACGAUGCUCAUCGAGCCUUCAAUGAAAUGCAGUAUAAAAAUGUCAUUUCUUGGACUUCACUGAUUGCCGCGUAUGGAAAGCAUGGGAUUGGAGAAGAUGCAAUAACACUCUUCAUUAAAAUGGAAAAUGAGGGAGUGAAGCCAAAUGAUGUCACAUUCCUUUCCAUUCUCUCUGCAUGUAGCCACUCUGGUUUGACUAAUAAAGGAAUGGAGUAUUUUAAUUCUAUGGUGAGUGAGUAUAAAAUCAAACCGAGAGCUGAACAUUAUUCUUGCGCUGUUGAUAUUCUCUGUCGAGGUGGUCAAUUAGAAGAAGCCUACAAGUUUGUAUGUGAGAUGGAUGCUAAGCCCAAUACUUCACUUUGGGGUGCAAUGCUAGGGGCUUGUAAAAUUUAUGGUAAUACGGCCCUGGGAGAAGUUGCUGCUGGAUUUCUUUUUAGUUUAGACCCUGGAAGGUCUGUAAACUACAUCGUCCUUUCAAAUAUGUAUGCAGCAGUAGGUUUAUGGGAAAAUGCACAGAGAGCAAGGAAUUUGAUGAUCCAAAAAUUUACAAAGAAAGAAGCUGGAAGUAGCAUCAUCUACCUAGACAAGGGUGCCAUAUAGAGAAAAUCAAGUGUCUCAGAUUAAUUGACGUAAAGUGAAGUGAAGAGAACUUCUACAAAUACAGAUUGCUUCAGUAUACAUAAAAGCUAAGAUGACUCAGAAAUUCAGGUUAGCAGGUAAUGUCUCUGUGUUACUUCUGUUAGUGGUAAAGAUUGAGUUGAAAUUUCAAAGCGCGGUAGAUUAAGCUUUCGACGAGCGCGAGUUGCUGGUGAUGACGAUGCUGGAGGCGGGGUCCUUUGAGGCCCCAAUCCAGGGUUAGUUAUGACUAGUUGAACGGUAGAACCCUGGAGGAUCUCAUAAUGCUCAGUGUCGCGGUCAUUGAGAAGAUAAUGGCCAUUGAAAAUUAACUUCUGGGAAGUGACUGGGUAGCCUUUGUACUUCUCGACCUUCUCUUUUAUUUCAAGGACAGUGUCGAAGUAGCCGAUUUCUAUGGUGAAGGUCUCCCCGGCGGAUGUCACAAAGUUUACAUCCAUGAGGCUACAGGGGCCGAGUUUCUCUCUUUUUGUUUUCCUUUUUGUUCUUCUUCUUUUUCCUGAGGAUGUUUGUUAUUAACAAUGUAUAGAAGAAGCUAAAGUAUCGAAAUUUUAGCAUGCGGCUUCUGUGAAUUCAGAA